AUGUGUGGUAUCAUCGCUUUGAUUCAGGCGAACCCGUCGGCUUCCGCUGCCGUCGAUCUCCAUGAGGCACUCUACCUGCUUCAGCACAGAGGUCAGGAUGCAGCUGGUAUUGCCACCUGCGCUACCGGCGGUCGUUUCUAUCAGCUCAAGUCGAACGGUAUGGCCGCCAAGGUCUUCAACGACGGCGCCAGGGUGGCAGACCUCCCGGGUUUCAUGGGAAUCGGACACUUGAGAUAUCCUACCGCCGGAAGCAGUGCCAAUGCUGAAGCCCAGCCUUUCUAUGUGAACAGUCCAUAUGGAAUCUGCAUGGCCCACAACGGCAACCUGAUCAACGCUCCCGAGCUGAAGAGAUAUCUGGACCUCGAGGCCCACCGUCACAUCAAUACCGACAGUGACAGCGAACUGAUGCUGAACAUCUGGGCGGAUGAGUUGAGCGAGACCAAGAAGGCCCGUGUCAACAACGAAGAUGUCUUUGCCAGUCUGAGCCGCAUGUACGAGAGAUGCCAGGGUGGUUUCGCCUGCACGGCCAUGCUUGCCGAAGGAUUUGGUAUCCUUGGUUUCCGUGACUCCUACGGUAUCCGCCCUCUUGUCCUUGGUUCCCGACCCUCUGCGGACUGUGAUGGCAUGGACUACAUGAUGGCCUCUGAGUCGGUUGCGCUGCACCAGCUCGGAUUCACCAACAUCCGUGACAUCCAGCCCGGUGAGGCGGUCAUCAUCCAGAAGGGCGCGGAGCCUGUCUUCCGCCAGGUGGCUCCCAAGAAGGCCUACGCUCCUGAUAUCUUCGAAUACGUCUACUUCGCCCGUCCUGACUCCGUCAUCGACGGAAUCAGCGUGUACCGUAGUCGUCAGCGUAUGGGUGACCGUCUUGCCGCCAGAAUCCUCGACAUCCUUGGGCCGGAAGUGGUCAAGGACAUCGACGUGGUCAUCCCCAUCCCCGAGACAUCUACCACCUCCGCCGCGGCUGUCGCGCGGUAUCUCGACAAGCCGUACUGCCAAGGUUUCGUCAAGAACCGCUAUGUCUUCCGUACUUUCAUCAUGCCUGAACAGAAGACGAGACAGAAGGGUGUUCGCCGCAAGCUGAACGCUAUGCAAGCCGAGUUCAAGGACCGAAAUGUCCUUCUGGUUGAUGACAGUAUCGUGCGUGGUACGACGAGUCGAGAGAUCGUCACCAUGGCCCGGGAAGCCGGCGCCAAGAAGGUCUACUUCGCCAGUUGCGCUCCCGAGAUCACCCAUGCUCACAUCUACGGUAUCGAUCUGGCAUCGCCUACCGAGCUGGUUGCCCACGGUCGCAACGUGGUGGACAUCGCCAAGCACAUUGGUGCCGAUGACGUGAUCUACCAGACCUUGGACGAUCUGAAGGGCGCAUGUGCCGAGAUCGCCCAGGAGAACGGCCUCGCUGAGCCCCAAGAUUUCGAGGUCGGUGUGUUCUGCGGUAACUACAUCACCCCCGUCUCCGAUGGCUAUUUCGAGCACUUGGAGGAGCUUCGCGGUGAGGGUCGCAAGAUCAAGGCCCUGGACCGCGCUAAGGAGGCUGUUACGCAUGGCUUCGCCAGUGAGACGGACUUCAAGAUGGCUGCCAACGGUGUCAAGCUUGAUUCCAAUGGCAACAUCGUCCCCGCGGCCAACCCCGGCGAGUCAGAGGUGCCCAAGGUGGGCAUCAUCAGCCCCCCCAAGCACUCCCAGGAGGAGCACCCCAAGGUCAAGGACCGCAUGGAUAUCAGCAUUCACAACAUGGGCGACCAUCACUGAUUACGAGUUUAUGACUUGAGUUGAUACCAAUUGGUGGGCAUAUUGCGUGAACGACGGGAGUCUUGGAGUUUUGUAGAUGGUGGUUUCGCAAGAACAUGGGGUGGCUAUCUAUUUGGUGUGUGUUUCAGUGCAUGACAGGAAGGGCGUGGGGUUGGAACACCCUUUACCUUACCAUGAUUGUCAAAUACCUUUGAAGACAUGUUGUUCUGAGAUGACGUACUGUUGAAGGGGGCUGAACGGAAGUGUUUCCGCCACAUCAUGUGACCCAACCACACUCCAUUUCUUUUUUUGACUCAUCUCAUGACGAUGAUGCUACAUCCAUUGAUGAUAUAAUUUGUACAUACCGAUAGAUUUUGCCUAAUGCAUCUUCCGCGUCGGAAGAUUCUGUACAUUUUUUGUCUUUUCUGCUAAACCGUCUUGUUCCUCCUAGUUUUACAUUCUAUUUGUCCCGUAUCCUACACAUUCCAGAAGUUCUAAAGAUGGUCCGCAUAACCC